AUGCGGUCGUCUGAGAGCGGGUCGUCGGUGCUCGACUCUCCGACGCCGCUGGCGUCGUCGGCCGAAGAGGGCUACACCUACGCCUACGCCUACACUUACGAGUCGUACACGGGAUCAAGCUCCGAUGGAAGGGCUGGCACGGGUUCCGGGGACGCUAUUCUCAGAACAGAGGUCGCUAAGAGCAAGGAUCGCACGGCGGCCGAGGAGGCAUCGGACCAUGUCUCGGUCCGCGGCCGGCUCAGCUCGGACUCGUACCUGUCGUCACAUGCCUCGUCCAAUGCUGCCGGGAGUGACGGAGGCGGGAUCGAGGUCGAGGCGCAGAGCGGAGUUGCCAACGACGACGUAGAUUGUGCAGCCUCUGGGCCGGAGCCGUUGGCGACGCCGGUGUUGGUGUCAACGAUUGGAAAGCAUGCAUCGCUGCGCGACGGGCGACGGCGGCAUUCACCAGCAAGCGGCAGGGACCACCGCCGAGAUGCAGGUCUGGUUAGGGUCAACGAGCUCAAGAUGGAGCCACAGACUGCGGCGCGAGUCUUUCCGCAAGCCAAGUUGGAGCUGGCGUCCAGCGGGGGUGAAGGCGUGGUGCAGCGGCUGACGCUGCUCAUGCGAAUCAAGCUGUUCCUGCUCCGGUUCGAGUCGCUCUCAUCGAAGCAUCGGCGGUACUGGAACUUGUUUCUACUCCUGGUGGUGGUGGUGCAAGGAGUGACGGUGCCGAUGCGAAUUGCAUACCGCAAGAUGUGGCAGCUGGACCAGACGUUCUUCUACGUCUUCUCAGCCUUUACCGACGUUGUUCUAUUGGCCGACAUUGUGCUCCACUUUCGCUCUGUCUACGUCGACCGCAGCAUUCCCAUUCUCGACUACGGCAAGAUUCGGGGCCACUACUUGCGCACGCGGUUUCCGCUCCAUGCGCUGGCAUCACUCCCACUCGACUGGAUCUUUCUUUCGCCGGUCUGGCUACACGCAACGCUGCGGCUGCCACGCCUGCUGCGGCUUUUAGAGAUGCGACGGUUUGUGCGGGCAUGGGAUGAGCGGUCGCAGCAUCUACUCCGGACGCGGCUGCUCUUUCUGCUCGUAGUACUUCUCCUCCUCGUGCAUUGGAUUGGAUGCGUUUACACGAGCAUCGAGUACGAGCGCGGGUUCGGAGCAACGUCGUGGUCGUCGCCCACGGAGCGAGAGAAUGCACCGCUGUGGGAGCAGUUUGUGGCGGCGUACUUUUGGGCGCUCAAUCAGGUGACGAACAAGGGCGGUACGCCGUUGAAGCCGGUCACCCAGUUUGAGCGCGGCUUUGAGCUGGGCAUUGCCGUCCUCUCGCUGUUUGUGGUGGCGACGGUGAUCAGUGCGAUUUCGCGACUCAUUGUCAAGGCCGGGGCUAAGGACGCGCGGCUGGCGACCAAGUCGCGUGAGGUUACGGCCUUUAUCAAACAGCGCAACUUGCCAACCGAGCUUGCCGACGCCAUCAAGUCACACGUUCUCACGGUUCACGAGCGCGAGGAGGACAAGGGCGCGUUUGCGGUGUACGCGGCGCUACCCGAGCAGCUCAAGCGCGACGUGGCGAUGUGCCUCAAGGCCGAGCUGCUGAGUCAGGUUCCGUUUCUGGCCGAGGCCUCGGACGGGUUUGUGGAGAGUAUUGCCGUCCACCUCAAGGCCACGCUGUUCUCGCCGGGCGAAAUGAUUGUGCAGCAAGGCGCCAAGGGCGGCCGGAUGUACUUUGUCGAGUCGGGCCACGUAGCGCGAGUCGAAUCGGGCAAGGUCCUCAACCGAUUGGCGGCUGGUGAGGUGUUUGGCGUGACCGCGCUCCUGCUCCCGCACCUCUCGCAGCCGUUUGGCUACUCAGCGCUGAGCUUUGCGUCGGUCUACACGCUCUCACGCAAGCACCUCUCGGAGACGCUCAAGUUCUUUCCGGCUGAACGCGCCAAGCUCCGUGAUCGAGCGUACAAGGUGGCGAACGAGCGCGCUGUCCACGACGCACUGGACGUGGCGCUCAACGGCGAGGAUUCCGAGGCGAAUCGGCCGCGGUUCUCGUUCUCGCAGCUUGUAGCACUUCGCGCCGAGUUUGAGCAUGUGGUGUACGGUGUGGGUGAGGAGAUGUUUGCUGCAGGCGCACCCGCUGACCAACUUGUCUUUGUUGUCCAUGGCCAAGUCUCGAUCUACACCGCAGACGGCGAUCCGCUCGGUGUUGUCGCACACUACUCCUUCAUCGGCGGCCUCGGGCCACCGCCGGCGGUCCUCCCUGUGAGCGGGCGGGCAGGUGGGGUGGUUCAUGCGCUUUGGUUGCCGCGGCAGGCGUUUGACGCGCAUGUAGCAGCAUGUAGCAAGCGCGCCGCCGAUGCACUUGAGGCUUGGGCUGCGCGUGGGCUGGAGGCGGGCUAUUAUCGGGACCAUGUGUGGAUUGAGCGCGACGGCAAUGCCGAGGAAGUGUGUAGCAGUGACGAGAGCGACGGCAACGGCAAUGGCGAGCCGAUGCUGGCUAACGACGCAGCAAGCAGCGGCAAGUGGGUCCAGCGGCGGCAGGCGCGGACGUCGCUCUCGGUCCGAGCCAUCUUGGCCGAUCUGGCAGACAUUGCUUCGUCGUCGGGGCACGCACUGGGCUUUGCCUCCGAUGCCGUGUCGUGGCGGGGCCUCUCGAAUCAGACACUACUCCGGGCAGCGCGGUGUGCAGCCAAGCUCCGCCACGUUGUGGAUGAGGAGCUAUUUACGCGAUAGCUGGAGCAAAUGCUUGCAGGAUUGCGGCAGUGUGGUAUGGCGGUAUGCGAGCG